AUGGCGUCUCAUUCAUCUUCCGCGAUUCCGAAUAUUACAACGGCGACUCCGGUGACGAAUUCGUCUUUGUGUAACGAUCUUUAUGAGAAUCCGUUGUAUCUUCACAGUACCGAUCAUGCUGGGCUCCAGAUAGUCACUGAUCGCCUCAAUACUGGAGCGGAGUUUCAUUCUUGGCGACGAUCUGUUCGCAUGGCUUUGAAUGUGCGAAACAAACUUGGAUUCAUUGACGGUACUAUUACUCAACCUUCUUCUGAUCAUCCUUCGUAUGGUUCUUGGUCAAGAUGCAAUGAUAUGGAUGAUGCUCCGCGUGUAUUUGAGAUAGAACAACGUCUAGGAUCAUUACAACAGGGCUCAAUGGAUGUUAGUGGCUAUUAUACUGAGUUAGUCACAUUGUGGGAGGAAUAUACCAGUUAUAUCGAGAUUCCUGUUUGUACUUGUGGGCGUUGUGAGUGUAAUGCAGCGGUUUUGUGGGAGAGAUUGCAGCAACGAAGUAAGGAUACCAAGUUUUUGAUGGGUCUUAACGAUGGUUUUGAUCAAACAAGGCGACAUAUAUUGAUGCUCAAGCCUAUCCCGAGUAUUGAUGAAGUUUUCAACAUGGUUCAACAAGAUGAACGACAGCUGAAUGUCAAGCCGAUUAUCAAGGCUGAGAAUGUAGUGUUUCAGACGACUGGAUCUUAUGAUGGAGCAAUGUAUGAGUCUGGUGAGUUUGCUGGUGCUUACAGUUCGUAUCGACCAAGGAGUAAUAGGCCAUUGUGUACUCACUGUGGUCAGAUGGGACACACGAUCCAGAAGUGUUAUCGUCUCCAUGGCUAUCCUCCUGACUACAAGCAUUAUGAUAGUAACAAUGGUGGUACUAAUAAUGGUGGUAAUAACUCUGCUUAUCGACCUACUAAUUCUUUGGCUCCUCGCGGUCAGAGUUACACAGCUCCAAAAUCCAUGUCUAAACCAUCUGAGACUAAUAUGCAACAGACUGUUGCUAAUGUGUUCGCUGGAACACCGACUGAGCAGUUUCCAUAUUAUCCUCCUCCACCAGUUUCUCCAAUGAGCUUGGAUGUUACUAAAAUCUCUCAGUCUCAAGUCCAGGGGCUUAUUCACCAAUUGAAUCAGAUGUCUGUUCAAGUAGCUGCCUCAGAGCCUGUAGCUCCGGUUCCUCAGUCUUCCAGUUCAAUCUCUGAAAAAGGUGUCAUGGCUGUUAAUUCGACUUCCGGUAAUGUCUUUUCUAUUUCUUCUAACUUGAGAUAUGAGAAUCAUUUGCUUACUUUCCAUCAUCAUUGUCUUUCAUCACUACAAACUGCUUUGCCUAGUGGUUCUUGGAUAAUUGACAGUGGGGCAACAAGUCAUGUUUGCUGUGAUUUGUCUAGAUUUAGGGAUGUUCGUGUUAUAUCAGGCAUAACAGUUACUUUGCCAAAUGGUAUAAAAUUGCCCAUUCAUCAUUCUGGAAAUAUACAUUUGUCUGCAUUAUUGAUUCUUUAUGAUGUUUUACACGUUCCUGACUUUCAUUUUAACCUGAUUAGUGGGUUUUCUCAGGACUCGAUGAUUGGUAGGGGUCAUCUCAUGCAUCAUCUUUACAUUCUAGAUUUACAAUCCCUAUCAUCUCUCGACGUUCCUGAGUCUUCUUCUUCUGAGUUCUUUUGUAGAUCCUUGUCAUCUGAUGCGACUCUCUGA